AUGACCUCGACUGCAAGCCAACUGGAACAAAGCCUUAGAAAACUUCAGAUCUCAGAGUCUGACUCACAAAAAACGUCUACCGCGGUGCAGUGGGUGCCCUCCAAAUACAGCUCAGACGUAUCUCAGUACGUUCUCCUAAGGCCUCCCCGGCCUCCAUGCGGCAAUCGUCGGCUGUUUGGGUUUCCUAUUGUCAAGAGGGAACUUUGGAACAUGGGGACCAUUGCUUUCCACCAUGUUCGGCCAGGCAAAACUUUACCAGACAACAAUGCCUACAUCGCCAUGAAUUCCCUUACAUUUCUCAAGGUAUAUCUCGGUCUUCACUUUUGUACUUUGGCGUUCGGAAAGGUGGUUGGAGACUCGAAGAAUAUCCCAUCAGAGUGCAUGUCGUUGGGAGACGUGCUAUUGUUAGUGUUGUGGAGGGAUACAGAAUCCGAGUCGAUCUGUCCGACACCAAGUCAAGUGCGAUCCUUGGAGUUGAAGCUUAAUCGCUCACCGGGAUGGUGGGUAGAAGUCCCAGCAUUUUAUGAAUAG